AAAAUUCCUUGUUCUGUUUUAAGAUUCAUUGAAAAUUGGCGUUUCGGUGUACACCGCAGCGCAUGCCGAAUGAAUUCUUUUUUUAAAUAAACAGAAUUUGGCAGCAUUAUAAAAACGUAUCAAGAAGACUGAUUUUUAAAGACAUUUCGAAGCAGUGUUAAAUCCCUUUUUUGAUAACUACAUCAAGGAUGCCUGAUUUUAACACAGUGAAGACGAAAGUCAAAGGAUGUCUUUUCAGCAGCACUUUUGUGGCGGAAGGCUUUCGCGGAAUAUUACUAGGUAUCACGAUAACUGUGACGCUGGGUGAAGUAGUCGCCUACAGAUUACUCAAACAGAAUAUAAAAGCUGGAGACCUGCCUCAUUAUAUAACAGAUUUAUUGAUACUUCUACUGGCGCUACUGGAGGUGUUCCUGUCGCCGGUUAUAAGCUGGUUGGGCAGCAAUCAGCGGCGUGAGAUGCUAAUGAUAGCUUGCCUCGUGUCCGGCGCUAGCUCUCUUCUCUGGUUCUCAUUACCCACCGUAACUGUACCUGAAAGUAUUGGAUUUUGUAACGGCAAUAACACGAUCCCAGAAUUCAAUCCAACUUUCAAUACACCGAUCAGAUUGUCCAUCAUCCUCUUCACUUUCCUUGUCUUCGGAGUGACAAGGAUUAUAGCUUUUUGUCACGGUUUUGUUUAUAUGGACAAUCGAGCACCUGACAGAAUGAGCAUGCAUUACGGUGUCCUCACAGCUAUUCGUCUUCUGGGUCUAGCUGUGGGUUACAACAUUAUGACAACUAUCGUGGAAACGAAUCUAACAAUUCAGAUUCUGAUGCUUGCCAUCGGUAUUCUGAUCAACGCUCUUCAAAUAUAUUUAUCUACUGCGAAAGCAACUGACGAUGACUUGGAACCGAAGACAAUCGAAGACGAUUUAAGUGAGACUUCGCCUUUCGUUCCUAAGAUCACCACUACAUCAAGCGCAGGUUUUGGUUCGAGCGUGUAUCGUGUGUUCUCCAACACGUUGGUAACAACGCAGAUGGUCUCCAUGGGGCUGAUAGCUGCUGCUAUUUGGGGCUUCGCUUACCAUCAGACAGACUACCUAAAGGCCAAGUUCUACAUACAUUUGGAAAGGAGUAAUUUAUUUAACAACGCCGAGUUGUUACGAAACAGUAUUGUCAUACUGGCUGUUGCGUACAAAGGUUUGACGUUCACGCCGCCGAUAAUGCCGAGUAUUGUGAGAAUGGAUCUACUGACCCAUAUUGCCAAGAUGUGUUUCUUCUCCGCGGUGAUGUACCUUCUGAUGGUUCUCAUCACGAACUGCGACACGGGCAGCGUGGCCGGCCUGCAAGGCAAGCACUACACACAGCCACAAUGCAGCCAAGUCUGCGGGUAUAUGGUCAUCUUCAAGAUGUAG